AUGACUGUUGAGGAGACAAAACAGGCCAAAUUAUCAGAUGAAUCGAUUGCUUUGACUGCAGUUCACUGUACUUCCCAUAAAGACAAACUUUGUGAGCUUUACUGCGAGAAAUGCCGAGUUCCAAUAUGUUCUAUGUGUUUGACUACACGGUCGAAUCACAAAGGACAUGAAGUCAUUGACUUACAGGAGGUGGCAGAUAGAUUCUGUAAGUUUACAAAAGAUCAAGUCACAAUCUUGAAAGAGAAGGAAAGAGAAGUAAAACAAAGCAAAAUAAGUGCCACAAAACAGUUGGAAGGAUUAACAAUAGAACAUUUGCAGCGGAAACAACAUAUACAAAAACAUUCAAUGGAAACUAUUGAGAAGUUAACAAAAUCAAUAAAACAGAAGGAAGCAAGUCUCUUGGGUAAAUUAAAAACUGAUUAUAACAAAAGAAAAGAAGAUAUCAAGACUGAAAUGCACCAGUAUGACACAAAGGAGGAACUGCUGACAACUACUAUAACAUUUAUGAAUAAUUUAUUACUAUGCAGCAGCUCUGCACAGCUGAUGACAACUAGUGAAGAAACAGAAAAGAAACUAAAAACUAUGGUGUCACUUGAUACAAAAUGUAAUGAUACACAUGAUUCACUUCCACAGUUUUACCCUGGUGACAUCGAACUGAAAGGAAUUCUGGGAUCAUUUCACACUCCUGAGGUAGAUUCAGUUUCUCACGCGUCUCAGCAAUCGCAAGAAUCAUCACAUGCUAUAAAUGCACCAAUGAAAUUAGAGAGAACCAUAGGGGGCGAUGAAUCUAGAAUGUUCAGUGUACCGCUCGGAGUGGGCAUUAAUAUAUGUGGUGAUAUUGUGGUGGCUGAUGAAGGGAAUGAAACUGUUCAGAUUGUAGAUAAAUUUGGCAGACCAAAAUCUCAGUUGCAAUUUACAGGAUAUAGUAAAACAGUUAGUCCAAUAGAUGUAGCAAUAUCUUUAGAUAACGCAUAUUUCAUUACUGAUGGCUCAUGGGUACCAAGCGCAGAAAAUCAGGUCAUUGUGUGUAAUCAAUAUGGGAAGGUUAUAAAAUGUUUUGGUGCAAAAGAAUUAAAGUACCCGUAUGGUAUUGCUAUCAACCACAAUAAUGGUAUUGUAUAUGUGGUUGAUAAUGAUGCACAUUGUAUUAGAUUAUAUGAAAUGGCAAGUUUCAAGUAUAUUAAAUCAGUUGGUAGUAAGGGUCAAGGGUCAUGCAACUUUGAAAGUCCAAAAUUUAUAGCUAUUAAUAGUAACGGAUGUCUCAUAGUCUCAGAUACAGGGAACGAUCGUAUUCAGGUUCUCAGUUCUGAUGGAGAAUGUAUGUUUGUGUUCCAUGGUUGUGAAAAUGAUUAUUUCAGUUUUCCCUGUGGAGUUGCUACUGAUAAGAAUGAUAAUAUUUAUGUAUGUGAUUAUGAGCAUAAUAGAGUGCAGAAGUUCAACAGUAAAGGUGCAUUUAUAACCAAUAGUGUUAGCGGUAGUGAUGUACAUAACCCCAUAGGUGUUGCUGUCACUGACGAUGGUAAAAUCAUUGUCACUGAUGACACACGUUGUGUUAGAAUAUAUUCAUAA